CGGGGAGGAGCCGCCCUCGCCCCUCGUGGUGGAUGGAGCGGUGUCGUUGGGGCUCCGUGCGGUCGGCGGCCCUCUGGAAGCGGCUGAGCCUGGGCCGGGCCCCGGGGGGCAGCGGGCCCCUCAGGGGGCUCCCGGGGCUCCCGCGCAGGCAGGGCCGCGUGCUGAGCAGGGCCAGCUUGGCGGGCGGCGCCCACCAGGAGUACAGCGAGCGCGAGGUCGGCCGAGAGCUGAGGGGCCGCGGGCCCGACGGCCGCCGCCUGCCCCUCUGGGGGGACCCCCCAACCGGGGCCACCCUCCCGCCGCCCCCCAAGCCGCCGCGCCUCUACCGCGACAGCUGCAGCUGCCCCAACAUCCUCCACUCGACGCCGACCUUCGACGCCCGCCUGCCCGCCGCACGCUCCCUGGCCGGACCGCUCCACGGCUACGACGACGACGACGACGACGACGACUCAGAAGGACCCCCUGACCAUCCCCACCCGUCCCCGGGUGACCCCGACGACCCCCUGCUCAACUUCCAGCUGGACCUGGGCAGCCUGUCGCUGCUGGAGGAAGUGCUGGAGACGCUGCGGGAGCGCUUCCCCCGCGAGCACGGCGGCUGAACCCGACCGGCCGGGGCCCCGCGACGACACCCCGCCUCCGGCCGGGCCGGCCGGACCGGUCCCGUGGGGGGCCGCUCACCCCGCCGC